CUUAGGUACCUGUACCAGAGAGUGACGGCUUCAAACCAAUUUCCGAUACUUGUUCAAUGGGUGCGCCAUGUUUACUUUCUUUUUUUCUUCUUUUUUUCCGUUUUCUUUCUCUCACCAAGUCGAUCUUAAGCACAUCUGGUAUUCGGUCCCACGUUGUUCAGCCUUGUAUGCGAGUGUCGCAACAAAUAACCCUUCACAAGUAUUUGAUCCACAGAUAUUCGCGUCACCCGUCCCAAAUAUCUGGUUCCUAUCACAAGGCUCCUGUCGCACAAGAAAAAAAUAUUUAUAUAUUUCAGCUGACGUAUACUUGUACGAGUCUUUUUUAUUGAACCUGACCAUCGAGCACCCAUGGGUUCAUGGAUAUACCAUGUUUUUUCAGCCUUCAAAUAUACCAUCCAGGACUUAUGCAGGUUUCCCACUCAGCCACUCGUUAAGCUCCCAUUAGCAUACAUCCCCUAAUAUGCACCGAAGCCUCAUAAGGACAAAUUAGUAAUGCGCUGUAGGGCCGAGAAAGGUGCAUUCUUAAUCUGAAAGGGAACCACAACUUCUGUCGGGUGAGCUGCUUUAUGCAGUUUGCUUUGCAACGCCUGCAUACAAGGAGAGAGUGUUGGUAAUUAUAUUUUACGAGGCUCGCGAGUUUUGGUCGCUUAACUCCGGGAAUGUCGUUCUAAAGAUUUCAAGGGAUAAGCCACGGCGUUAAGAUUGUCCACUAACUUCUCGCUAAGUUCUGAACUACGUGAAUUCA